UCUGCCCACCACUUUUAUCUUCAACCUUACCUUUUUCUUCUUCCCUCCCUCUAUCUUUCUCUCUUUCCAGACAGCAUUUAUUUCAAAUCAAUUUGAAGAUGGUUCUUUAAGAGUAGACCAUAACAUGAAUCCCAUUAAAAAUCCAUUUGGACCUCCUCCGCCCGAUUUCCGAAAACUCGUCCAUCCCAAUAAAAUGGCUCCAGGGUCUGCCAACUGCCUCUUCCUCCUCUUCCAUCUUCUCAUCAGCUGUUCUUCUGGCGAGCAUGAUUACGGAGACACUGCAACUUCUUCGGUUGCAGGGCUUCAGGUCUUUCCAUCUGAUGGCAGAGUUCGUAGUUCGGCUGCUGGCUUGGGUUUAUCAGUUGAUCUCUGGUUGAGUGAAAGACAGGUUAAGAAUUUGAUCGCUUCUGAAACUUCGACGGUUUCAUGGCUCAAAGCCCGACUGCUCCUUGAUAAACGCAUUAGGAACAUAAUAGUGAGAUUCGGGCAUGGUAAUUCAGGUCCCUGUGAGCUGCAAAAUCUUCAGCUCACCCUGGAAACAGUUAAUAGGAUCAUUGGUAAUUUCGGGAACAAACAUAGAGUGGAGCUGUCGGUGGCAUUUCCGUUGCCACACUUGGAGAAACUGACUGAAGGAAAUGCCAUGGAGCUGAUUAGCGGGAUAGAUAAAUCAAUUUCUAAGAUCAUUAUAGAAGACAGAGGCGGCAAGGAUAAGAAAAGGGCAGAUCGGUUUAUCGGGUCCAUAGUUGAAAGAGCUCAUCUGGUGAGUUCCCGUCUUCCCAGCAAUGGCUUCCAUGUAGUUUUGGCAAUCAGAGGUCCAGCUGCUCCAAAAGAAGUAUCUCAGCUCCGUUACAGGAUCUCCGAAUCAUUUAAAAGCGGGAGGACCAAGCCUAAUGGGAGGAUUGUUGAAAUUAGAAACGUCCAAGAACCGAUCUCAGUUCCCUCUCGCAGAGCACUCCUAAAAUCGGACCAUAUGAAAUCAACUGGUCAUGACACGGACUUCCCUGUAACGCCCACACCGAUCAUUGUCACUGUCCCUGCGACCGCAGGACCUGUUGCGAUCUCCCCCACCAAUCCCAACUUGACACCUCUUGCAUUCCCCCCACCUAUUCCAGUCACCUUUCCUACACCCCCGGUCACAGUUCCAGUGACGCCCAUUCCCGUAACUAACCCUGUUCCAGUGACGCCCGUUCCCGUAACUAACCCUGUGACCACCUACCCAUCCACACCAGGCAUUCCCACAGUCACUCCUACCCCAGUUCCCACCACCAAUCCUCCAGCGACUCCAAGUACUUCUCCAGCUAUCCCAGGGCAAAGCUGGUGUGUGGCCAAGGCUGGAGCAUCAGAAGCCGCUCUUCAGGCGGCUCUGGAUUAUGCAUGUGGGAUUGGAGGAGCUGACUGCUCGCAGAUUCAGAUGGGGGCGAGCUGUUAUAACCCAAACACUCUUGAGAACCAUGCAUCAUAUGCCUUCAACAGCUACUAUCAGAAGAAUCCCGUGGCUACGAGCUGUGAUUUCAGCGGGACCGCUACCAUAGUUGCCGCAAAUCCUAGCACGGGAGCUUGCAUUUACCCGACAUCACAGACUUCAGCUCCGGCAACUACUACUCCAACAACACCGACUCCCACACCAACUACAGCAGCACUGCCUCCGCCAUCAACGGGAGCAGUUCCAGUGCCAGUCCCAGUACCAGUACCAGGCUCGGGAACUCCACCAGCGGUGCUGAAUUCAGGCAAUCCUCCCUCCGGGAAUCCAACAGAUUUUGGGAACCUCGGCCCUCCUCCGCCUGCGACAUUUUUCUCGACAUCAGCAAGAUUACAGCCCUAUGUUGGUUGUAUUAUUGUACUCAUCAGCCUAGUGCUGCAAGAUUUAUGCUGCAGAGAUAGGAAGUGAUUUUCAGGGUAUUUCGUAUUAGGAGUCAGCAAGCUUUAGUUUGAGUUUUUACUGGGUAUGUACAGCUCAAGUCAUCGGUGAAAGGGAAGAGCAACUAAGUUCCGGUGUAAAGAUGCAUGGAAAUAUAGAUCUUACAGCAACAGAAAACAAUCUGCAUCGUUUAUCCCCCAGUGGAUCAAUGUCAGAGAGCUCCAUGAAAUGAGGUAGGUCAUAGAAGAGAAUUAGCGUGUUUCGGUCUCCAGACAUACGAAAAGCUUACAAUCCGUACGUGCAGCAAUGCUCAGGAUGGUAGACGUUACAGAGUUGUCUAUAGAUAUAUUGAAAGGUCUAUGUCACUUCAGCAUCAUAUUCUUGUCCCUUAUCUGUAUCAUAAUGUCACUAGAUUCAUAGAUCGUAGAAUGCAGAUUACCAUUAAUUUCCGAAACUGCAAUUUAGGAAAUUAUUAUGGAUGUCGUUUACAAAGUCAAAAAGGUCUACCCAAAAGUGAAAACCAGAUCAUUUGAUGA